AAUGCAUCAAAAGCUGGAUUGCCGAUCGACAAUAAACAGUAAAAGAAGAAGAUUCUCUAUUAUCUGUUUUAUUUCUUAAGUGAUUUCACAAGUUUUAUUUCUAGUGUUUAUUUUCGGCGGGAGAAUUGUAAAACUCCAGGAAACAAGUGAAAUCUGUGUGACACUGUUGUAAAGAUGUUUAUUAAAGAGGAGAGUGAAGAUAUGGCUUAUCCAGAAGCAUGCAGAAUUAAAACCGAACACACUGACGAACAAACAGACUUGAUGGAAAUGAAAGAGGAAAAUCAAGAAUCAAUAGAAGUGAAAGAAGAAAGUCAAGAACUGAAUGAAGUGAAGGAGGAACAUCAGUAUCAGAAUCCUGAUCAUUUCAUAACUGGAGAAAAAUCUUUUAGUUGCUCACAGACUGAGAAGAAUUACUCACAAAACAAAACUCAAGCCAAACAUUCCUUCACCUGCCCUCAGUGUGGAAAGAGUUUUGCACGUAGAGGAGACCUUUUCAAUCACACAAGUCUUCACACUGGAGAGAGCCUUUUCACAUGCCAUCAGUGUGGAAAGAGUUUCUUACGGGAAACAAAUCUUAACAGACACAUGUUAUUUCACUCUGGAGAGAAGCCUUUCAAGUGCCUUCAGUGUGGUUAUGGUUUCACGUCUAAAGCACACCUUACAGUGCACAUGAAAAGUCACACUGGAGAGAAGUCUCUCACAUGCCUACAAUGUGGAAAGAGUUUUGCAAAGAGAGGAGGACUUAAUGAUCACAUAAGAUGUCACACUGGAGAGAAGCCUUACACAUGCCAUCUGUGUGGAAAGAGUUUUUCAAAGAAAGGAGGCCUUAACGAUCACAUUAGAUAUCACACCGGAGAGAAGCCUUACACUUGCCAUCAGUGUGGAAAAAGUUUCAUUAAUAGAGGAAACUUUCAUGUGCAUGUGAGAAUUCAUACUGGAGAGAAGCCUUUCACAUGCCAUCAGUGUGGAAAGAGUUUCAAACAAAAACGAGACCUUAAUGUGCACAUGAGAAUUCACACUGGAGAGAAGCCAUACACAUGCCAUCAAUGUGGAAAGAGUUUCAGUCAGUCAAAAUCCCUAAAACAACACAAAAGGGUGCAUACUGAAGAGAAGCCAUACCAAUGCCCUUCAUGUGGGAAAAGUUUCCGCCAAUCAAAAUCUUUAAGAAGUCAUAGAAAAGGGCAUUGUCCAAAGUUGUUGUAGUGAGCAAACUGCAGCAUAUUCUGAAGUGCCAUCUUUUGGAGCAACUUCUCUGAGAGAGAGAGAGAGAGCACGAGAGAGAGAGCACUUUUGAGAACUCCACUUGAUCUGGAUUACAUGGAGUUUGUGUUGCCAGCAGCUCUAUCUCUUGACGGGCUCUCACGGGACCUGCCCUUCAUCUGUAGAAACAACUCAAAACUGUUUAAAAAAAACUGAAGCUCUUGUGGCCUUAUACUACACUUAAAGCAAUAAAACAAUAUUAUAGUGGUAAAUGAUAAUUAUGACAUUCCAACAGUGUUGGGGAGUAAGGAAAUACAUGUAACGGGAUUACGUAUUUAAAAUACAAAAUAUAAGUAACUGUAUUCCAUUACAGUUACAAUUUAAAUCAUUGGUAAUUAGAAUACAGUUACAUUCAAAAAGUAUUUUGAUUACUGAAGAGAUUACUUUGCAUUUUAUUGUCAUUUGUUUCAUUUAAUAUUUAGUCCUUUCAGAUGGAAAACAUUUAUACAUAUAAAUGAUGCGAUCCAAAGUGCAUUUGAACAGCGGUGAAACACUUUCUUAUGAUGUGUUACAUUCAUACGAGCAGACAGAGAAGUAAGUUUGAAGUAAGUUUGGAGCAGAAGAAAUAGAAAUAAACCUUGUGUAAAUUGUCAGCUUUACGCUAAGCUAAAAUGCUAUUUCUAGCCAUUUUACAUGCACGUUACCAGGCACUGUAAUGCUUUUCCCUGGAGAUAAAUGGUUUAAUCUGACAAAUCAAGGAGCCAAACAGCAAAAGUCUGUAUUCCACACAUUUAAUGGCAGAUAUGCAGGCUGCACACUCUUCUCAUACAUGAGAAAAUUAACAAAACGUUAGCGUCACAAAACAUAAAAUUAUAAUUAAGGUCAGGGAGAGCAGAUCGGUCAUCAUCCACCUGCACACAGACUGCGUAGUAACUCUCUAAUCACGCAGCAUAUGCAAAUGAGAUGGUCAGUGUCUUAUAGAUACUAAUACAAUGUAUGUAAAUACAUUGUUUUAAUCAUUACAGAACGAUCAUAUUUUUUUAUCAAGAAAAUUCACAUUGGAUCAUAAUUUCUUUUUUUCUAGUAAGACCUUUGAUAUUAGGGCAAAAAUCAUAUUGAUAAUUUUUGUAUUGUUUUCCUGUAAAAAUAUCUAAAAAUCCUUAAAACAAGAUCAGUUUGAUUGAUCUUGUUUUAGAAACAACACUGCAUAAGAUAUUUAGGUUUUUCAGAGAAUGUAUUUUUAACGUGUAUUUUGUCUUACUGUACUGGCAGAGAUUUUAUAGUCAAAACAAGUGAAAAAAUCUACCAGUGUCAAAAUGAACAGUCAUUUCAAAUCAGAUGAUUGCAACACGCUCCAAAAAAGUUGAGACGGGCAAUUUAAGACUAAUACAAAUUUGACGAGUUGAAAUAACAAGGUGAUGUGAAACGGGAGACGUUAAACAGGUGAGGCAAUCGUGUCAUAGUAUAUAAGGAGCCUCCAAAAACCACCUAGUCCUUCAAGAGCAAGGAUCAUUCGAGACUUGUCAAUUUGCCAACAGAUUCUUCAGCAAAUAAUUCAGCACUUUGAGAACAAUGUUCCCCAAAGGCAAAUUGGAAGGAUUUUGGGCAUUUCACCCUCUACAGUGCACAAUAUAGUUAAAAGAUUCAAGGAAUAUCGUCAGAUCUCCGUGUGUAAAGGGCAAAACGAAAACCACUUCUGAAUAUGCGUGAUCUCUGAUCUCUCAGACGUCACUGACUUAAAAAGGGGUAUAACCAAACUACUGGUUCAAUGUUGGAUUCCAAUAUAAUGGCCCCUGAAGGUUUCUGCGUUGUUCUGUCUUUUCUGAGCGCUGAAGCAAAAACACAUAUUAUUAAUUUGCACGUUAACAAUUGACUGAUAAUUGGUGAUAAGCAGUGACUGGUAGCCUUACGUGGUUUUCUACUAUUCAGAAGCUCCAGUAAUGAUCAUUAUCCUGGACAUAAGUUUGCGGUAACAAAAAGGCGUCCCUCGAAUCUACUGGAGAUAAAUGAUUUUGGAUGAAUACAGAAUAAAUCAAACAAUAACAAUUUAUUUGCCAGGUAGGAUUUAAAACGUAAGUUACAAAAUCUAUCAAAGCCAAUUUCACACAUUAUCAGAAUAAAUAAACAUUUCUAAAAUGUUUCUAGAAAGUCAAAGAAACAUACCUGACAAAACUACAUGCAACGGCAAAGCAUGGGAGAUCUGGCUUACAGAUUCCCAGAGCUUCUUGCCAACUUUUAAAUACCCAGACAGAAUAAACAUUGUGUACCAAAUGGUAAUAUCCUUUGAACAAUGAGAAUUUGGGGGUGAAUGGGUUCUUGACUUCCUGGGGUUUAACCUUGUUAACAUACAGGAGAUCAUUUAAAUUUUAGGUCAAGGAGAGGCAUAGACCUCCAGAAUUAUGCAGUAUUGGGCAAAGACCUUAUAACUUUGUCACCAUUAGUUUUAUCAACAUGGGAAAGAGACCACUAUACCAGUUGCACAGAGACCUCAUAAAUGAUAUCAAACACAUACAGUUGCAUUCUUUGUUUUCAUGGUAUUUGUCAUAUUUUUACAUAUAAAUCUUAUGUCUUUGUAUUGGUCCUGAACUGUUGAAGGGGAGAAGGGGGAGAGAGAGAGAACGGGGCAGCAAGGUGAUUUGCAAUUUAUCACACUGUGGUGAUACUCAGGUGAAGAUUUCACCUUUGUAAAAUAAUGCAAAGGCGAUUUGCAAUUUAUCACACGUGGUGAUAUUCAGGUGUAGAUUUCAGCUUUUGUGAGAGAGUUCUAUGAUGUUGGUUCUCUCAGAGUUCUUUGACUUUUACCGGAAAUGGUGCCUUUUGGGCAUAGACAUCCUGGUACCAGCCUUACAAAAUCAUCAUUCAUCUGUAAUGGAUAUCAUGAACAUGGGCUUGGGAUAACUUUAGUAAACCUUUGUUAGUCAACACCACUCGCCGCUGCAUCCACAGGUACAAGUUAAGACUUUACUGUGCAAAGCAGAAGCCCUACAUCAGGGUUUCUCAAUUAGUUUUCACCAAGGGCCAAAUUCUGCCAACAAUACAAAGCCAAGGGCCACCAACCACAAUGUUAUGACCACAAUGUUUGCUCUCCUAUUAUUAUUAUUGUUGUUGUUGUUGCUGUUGUUUUUGUUUUUGUUGUUUUGUUAAAAGUCACAAUAUACAUAUUCUGAUUUGUUGUUUUUUUUUUUUUUUUUUUUUUUACAUUUCUCAUUAGUCUUCUAUUCAAACAAUUACGAACGUUUUUGUAUUCAGAUACAGAAAACUAAAGAACUUUGCCUGUUGAAUAUUAAAA